AACUUUUAAGUUACAGGGAAAAAGCAUUAUUAUAUAAUGCAGAUAUUUUUUACAGAGUUAAUUGUAUCUCAUUUUUGUUUUUUUUUAGAGAUAGAAAUUUCUGCUGUUAAAUAUUUUAAAAAUUUGUAGGACUUUGAAUCAGCAUUGUUAAAGCUGUAGACCUUAAUAAAUGGAAUAGUUAAGUUCCCUCAUAUUUGUCUAUGAAGUAAAAUUCUGCCACUCAAACUGUAUUCACCCAUAAUUCCCUGCUGUAGACUUCGAGACUUAAAUUUUAAUGUUCCUGCUUGUACCACAAAGAAUGUCAAGUCUCCAUUGGCCUUUGCUCAUUUUAGCGGUUGGGUCCUAGGGAUUCAACAUAUCUGCAGGACAGAUCUCAGCAGUGCUUUGACUUCAGUCUGACUUACAUAUAAUGAAUGUCUUUCAAAAUGAAAUUUCAAAAUUCCAUGGAAGUGGUUGCUCAGAUGAUGUAUAACACUAUUUUAAUCAAUUUCUUAGGAGUGAAAAUAUCUAAGUGUUGGAUUCUAUUGGUUGGGAUACAAGUGUAGUAUUUGGACAAUUAGAAAUUAUUUUAAGAGUUGAGGUAAAAUAAUUUGAAGUAGCUUAUUUAUCAGUUAUUACAUCAAAUGAUUCUUGAGUGCCUAGUUUAUAUGUGACCUCUGUUACAUACAAAGUAAGCUUUAUGGAGAAAAGAGAAGAUUUAGACACUACUUGCAAGAAAUAUUACUGCUCCAAAAAUGUAUUACCUGCUUGUAAUGUGGAAUGCCUGUCUAAAAACUUCACAUUUUAGGGGAUGUUUAUGGAGUUUUUUAGCUAUAACCAUCAGAAAAUGGGUAUGCUCAGAUGACAUAUGGGCCUUGACAAUUUUGAAUUUGCUAAUUAUUGUAUUUGUACAUUUUUCAAAUUUUGUAUUUGUUAAGUAGGUCUUAAUAUGCUUGAAAAAUUUGUAGCAAUAAGUUUUGCCUAAGAUUUUGUUACUAACUCCUCACAGGUGACCUUUGUUUGUUCCUGUUUUUCCCUCUGCCCUACCUUGGAAUUGAGAAUUUACUUGAAAUUUUCCUCCUCUCCAGUAAUGUGGGAAAAUGUCACCUGGUUUUCUGGUUCAUGAAACAGCAAAUUCUGUUUAGAUUAGUGCCAAGUACAUUAGAUGUAUUACCAGCUACUCGAUGAUUUGUACUGUCCCUUCUAGACCUUCACCUGCUCAGCCCAGGGGACCAGUACAGCCCAGCAGUGCAAGUGAAAGGAUGUUAGGUUAUGUGUCUGUCAUAAUAACCCAAGUCAGUUAAAAAUAAUUUUUAUGUUACUAGAUCUGUAUGUUUGAAGACUAUAAUAGCCAUUUGUUUCAAACCUCAGGAAGUAGGAAAUAUUUGAGUAGAUUGCUUGCUUCAAGAUUGGAGAUACGUUCUUUACUUUGUUGUCUAUUUACCAUAAUACCCAGUUGAGCCUCUAAAUGUUUAACUUUCUUCUUACUAUCUUAUCUGUAUUAUGGGGACAAUUAAUACCUAUUUCCUGUAGUGGUGAAUAUAGUAAUUUUUAUGAAUGUCUAUGUAAAAAUUUUUACAUGACUUGUUUCUUAUUUUGAAGUCUCAAAAUUAAUAUAUGGGUAUUAUGUUUAUCUUAUGUUUAGGAUUUUAUGAAAAUGGAAGGUUACGAGGCAUUUGUAGGCUUUGACCUCUGUAAGAUACCACUCUCCAGUGUUGCUCAGAAGAUUAUGUCUGCUAUGCAUUCAGGUGGUUUAGUGGAGUCUAAGAAUUGGACAGAGAGUGAAAAGACUGCAGAAGUGGUGGACAAAUCCAGUGUUGGGUAUUCAGUACUACCUGAAGAUGGGAAGAAUCAAUCACUGGAAAAAAAGAAUCUUAAUUCUCUUACGAGCCAGACAUCAAGAGUUUCCAUCAAGUUCUCUUCUCAGUCCUCCAGUAUCAGACUCACAGAUCAAGUGUCUACUGACCAAAACCAGAAGAAUAUCAGCUCAUUGGCUUCUUCCAGGUGUUUAAUUCCACAGUGUGACCAAGAGGCUUCAGUUCUACAGAAAAUGGAACAUAAGAGAAAACACGUACCAAAGGAAAGCAUAAAUAAUGAAAACAAUGAAGAAAGCAUGAGUCUGAAAAGAAAACAUAUCACAUGUAAUAAUUCAUCAGAGAAAACAAGUAAACUUACGGCAUUGGAAGAAGAUGCUGAUGAGGUUGAAACCCACCUAAAUUCUAGGAACUCAAAAGCAUUCACAAACGAUUUUUGUGAUAUUAGGUAUUUGGAUGCUUUGGAGAAAAGCCAGCUGAUUGAAAUGCUCAAACAGGCAGUAGCUCUGGUGGUAACUCUGAUAUAUAAGGAUGGCUCAACUCAGCUGAGAGCAGACCAGGCUCUGGUUUCCUCUGUUGAAGGCAUUGUGAUGUUACCAAGGAGCCAUGCAGAGAAAGGCAGUGGUCCUCUGGCUGCCCCAGCCUCUGACAGUGUUCUGGAGGAAGGCUUCAUGCCCAGUGACCAGUGUAUCUACAUAAAAACUGAGCCCUCUUCCAUUUGGGACCAAGAACAAGAGGCACAUCAUCAAUUUGCCAGGAAGGUGCUGCUUCAAACACUGAAAUGUAAAUGUCCUGUUAUUUGUUUUAACGCCAAGGAUUUUCUGAGAACAGUGAUGCAGUUUUUUGGUGAUGAUGGCAGUUGGAAGUGUGUUGCUGAUUUUGUAGGGCUAGAUCCCAGAAUUGCUGCAUGGCUUAUAGAUCCUACUGAUGCUGCACCCUCUUUUGAAGAUAUAGUGGCAAAAUACUUUGGAAACUCCAUCACAGUUAAGGUGAACAGCACAUAUGGAAAUUCCUCAAGAACGACUGUGAAUCAGAAUGUACAUGCGAACCUGAGGGUGCUCUACAGACUUACGAUGGGCCUUUGUUCCCAGCUCAAGGUUUACGGUUUAUGGCAACUGUUUUGUACUUUGGAGCUUCCUCUGAUACCAAUUUUGGCAGUGAUGGAAAGCCACAGCAUUCAGGUGAACAAGGAAGAGAUGAAGAGGACUUCAGCACUUCUUGGGUCUCGUCUCAAGGAACUGGAGCAAGAAGCCCAUUUUGUUGCAGGAGAACAGUUUCUUAUAACAAGCAGUAAUCAGCUUCGAGAGAUCCUGUUUGGCAAGCUGCAGCUGCACCUGCUGCGUCCACAGGAGACUCUUCCCAAAACUGGGCUCCGGAGACACCCGUCCACAUCAGAAGCCGUGUUAAACACUCUGCAAGACCUUCAUCCAUUACCCAAAAUAAUUUUGGAAUAUAGGCAGGUUCACAAGAUCAAGUCAACCUUUGUAGAUGGAUUACUAGCUUGCAUGAAAAAGGGCUCCGUUUCCUCCACGUGGAACCAGACUGGAACCGUGACCGGAAGACUGUCAGCCAAGCAUCCUAAUAUCCAAGGCAUCUCCAAGCACCCAAUUCAAAUAACUAGACCUCAAAAUUUUCAAGGCAAAGACGAACUCCUUACCAUCUCCCCGAGGGCCGUGUUUGUUUCAUCCGAAGGCCACACCUUCCUAGCAGCAGACUUUUCACAGAUUGAAUUGCGCAUUCUUGCACACUUAUCUGGGGAUCCAGAACUUUUGAAGUUAUUCCAGGAAUCUGAAAGAGAUGAUGUAUUUUCCACCCUGACUUCACAGUGGAAGGACGUUUCCCCAGAACGCGUGACGCGCGCAGACAGGGAGCAGACCAAGAAGGUUGUGUACUCGGUGGUCUAUGGAGCAGGGAAGGAGCGGCUUGCUGCUUGCCUUGGAGUUCCCGUUCAGGAAGCUGCCCAGUUUUUGGAGAGUUUUUUGCAGAAGUACAAGAAAAUCAAGGACUUCACCCAAGCAACCAUUGCCCGGUGUCACCAGACAGGCUGUGUGGUGUCCAUCAUGGGCAGGAGGAGGCCGCUGCCGAGGAUCCGUGCACGUGACCCACAGCUCCGGGCUCAAGCAGAGCGGCAGGCGGUGAACUUUGUGGUGCAAGGCUCGGCCGCGGACCUCUGCAAGAUGGCCAUGAUCCACCUCUUCACAGCAGUGGCCACAUCCCCCAUCCUGACGGCCAGGUUGGUUGCCCAGAUUCACGACGAGCUGCUGUUUGAAGUGGAGGAUUCACAGAUCCCUGAGUUCGCAGCCCUCGUCAGGGGAACCAUGGAGGCCCUGCAGCACGUGCCGGCGGUGGAGCUGCAGCUGCAGGUGCCCCUGAAGGUGAGCUUGAGUGUCGGCCGCUCGUGGGGACACCUGGCACCACUGCAGGAGGCCCCGGCCCGUGACCCCACCACCGUCCUGCCGAGUCUCCAAGCAACCGCUCAGCCACCGCCGGCCCCUGAGCGCCUACCCCCGUGCACGCAUUUUUCGCCUUCAUUUGGUCUGUAGCCCCAGGCAACAGCGGGGAAGAGAACUGGUUUCCACCAGCCCGCUGUGUGGCCUUCCCAAGGUCAGAGUCAAGCGCUUGGUACUCGGCUAGGGCCACCUUUCCUCUGGAGCUGGGGCAGCUGGGUGCCCCCCGGAGUAAACGCCUCUUGUGAAUGUG